AUUUAUUUUACUUUUCUUCAGCGUCACCCGUUCACUAUUCGAGUAAUAAGUAUAAUGGCGAACCGACCACAAGUCUUGACAGGGAUUUCCAAAGAAGAAAAAAAGAGCAAGCACUGGAAUUAAAAAUUCAAGAAGCCUUUCUGCGCUUUAUGGCAGUUACGUUACAAGGAUACCGAAGUUACUUGAUACCGAUAACGAAAGCACCGACGAUAGGCACCACCGAUCCGCAUGCGUUAUUUCAUAUGGAGGCGUUCCUUCGGUCCAGGGAUAAGACGCAGCAGCGGUUCUUCGCUCUGAUGAUGCGCACGCAGAUGUUCACGCGAUUCAUCGAGGAGCGGUCGUUCGUGUGCGACGCGGAGCAGGGGCUGACGUUCUUCGACGAGUGCACGGAGCGCGUGGCGAGCGACGCGCCGCUGCUGGGCGCCGACGCCGGCAACGCCUCCGAACGCACCGUGUUCGUGCUGCCGCCCGAUCCGCCCGACCCCGAACGAACAUACACGUACAGUAAGUUUGAGCUGGAUAUGGAGUUGCUGGAGCGCAGCCGCGGCGCCAGCGCUGGUGGGGGCGGCGGCGCGCUGCGGGCCGUGCCGGCGGCCGCGCUCGCGUCCGUCGAGUCGCUCGCCGAAGCCUCGCCCAUGGCGCGCCGCACCAAGCACGAGAUAGCCGCCGCGCAGAGAUUGGCACGAAAAGCAAGCCUUUCACCAGAAGCGUGGGCGAAAUGUUUGCUUGGAGCUUGUUACUCCCUCUAUUUCCUGGCGCUGCCGUGUCGACUUAUGUUGUACCGGGGGAAGGAGCAUGCGGCUCUGAGGGCUGCUUUCGAAUUGCUCGAGCGAGCUACGAAGUUAAGAGUUCCUUGUGAUGAGGUGUGCUACCGUGUGAUGAUGCAGCUAUGCGGCAUCUACUCGUUGCCAGUCCUGGCUGUACAGUUGCUGUUCCUCAUGAAGCGCGCAGGCCUUCAGCCCAACGCGCUCACCUACGGAUACUACAACCGAUGCGUUCUGGAAGCAGCCUGGCCUAAAGACAUGCCUAGUGGAUCGCAGUUGCUGUGGAACAAGUUGCGUAUAGCCGUUAUGGGUGCGGCGCUGUUCCGCAAAGCGGGCGCGCUGCGAGCCAGUCGGGCUAACGCACAACACAACCUUUCCGGCAGCGGUGGCGGCGUGCAGGGCGCAUGCGAGCCGGACGCGGCCGCGCCGCCCACGCCGCUCGCGCUGCCCGGCCCGCACGAGCCCGCGCGCAGCCGCACCAGCAUUGACUCGGGCGGUGCGUUAGAAGCUCUGUGGCGACGCGCCAACAUUGUGCGAGCGGCGUCGAGGCGUCCACACGCACACGCACUGUCUGCCGCCGCCGGUAUACUGAUCUCAGGUUUACCUUCCAAUCCUGAUUUGAGUGAAGUGGCUAGACCAAGAAGCAAUUCCUUGGAAAGCGAAAAUACCGGUUCCCCCACACCGUUGCCAGUAACUGAAAAACGUCAGACAAUACACGUCAGUCCAGACAGUCCGUCGGACCUGCGUAUUUUGACCCGGUCCCAGAGUUUUGCCGGUGACGCGCAGAUUGUACAAAGUUUGCAGAAGUUAUCCUUUUCCAGUGGGGCUUCAAAUAGCAAGUCACGCUGUUCGAGGACCUUGAGUUUUCCCGAAGAACCAGAGAAAGAAGCAGCUGCGGUGGAAGCAAAGGAAAAAACAAAGUCUUCGCCCCUUAAGGUGUGUCCGCGCACGCCGGUGCUCACGGACGACCCGCUGGGCGCGCUGCGCGCGGCACCAGGCGAGCACAACGACUCGCCCGCGCCGCCCAGUGCGCCUCCCGCGCCGCCCUCCCCGCCGCCGCCGCGCCACGAGCUCAGCGCCAGCCCCAAGCUGUUCCGCCGCCGCGCCGGCUCCUUCGCCGACGAGGACGAGCGGGGCGCACCCUGCGGGAAACUGCACAGGAGUGAGACGGCACCCGCUGGUACGGUGUCUUCAAGUCUGGUUAGCCUGGGUAACACUCUGAAGAUCAGCUUUGGACGCUAUUCGCCCAGCAGGCUGUCGUUGCGCAAGGAAAACAUAAAAUUGGGAAAAGCUAUGAUCGAGAGCUACUUCAGCCCAACGAGUAUAGCCGGCAAGAAGUCUAACGAGCUGCUUCAAAGUGGCCUUAGCAGUCUUAAAUCAGCCGCUACCAGCAUGGCGAAGAAGUUUGACGAGAUGAAGGAAGUAAUCUCGGCCAACUCGACGCCAGUGAAGGGAGCGUUCGGAAAUGCGACCAGUGCAUUAACAAGCUUCAUCACAGAAGAGGACUCUGCUGAUGGCUCGUCGGAAGUCAAUCCUGAUGAGUGGUCUAUGGGCGGUGCAUUCAGACGCGCGUCAAGUGAAGCGGAGCUGGUCUGCAGUAUGGAGCGCGGUUCCCUCGCUACGCUGCUAUCGCAGCUGCCCGACAAUCUCUACCCACUACACGCGGAGGGCGACCGCAGCGUACGUGCGGCGGUGGAGGCGGUGGUGACGUCGUGCUCGCAGUGCCACCAGUGCCUGUGCGCGCUGUACGACGAGGACAUCAUGGCGGGCUGGGCGGCCGAUGACUCCAACCUCAACACGCGCUGCACCGCCUGCGGCCGCCACACCGUGCCGCUGCUCACCUGCACGGUAAUACGUGAGGGGCAGACACAACCAGAGACAAUUAGUGUGCCGUAUUUAAAUCCUUUGGUUUUAAGAAAGGAAUUUGAGUCGAUAUUGGGUAGGGAAGGGGAUUCGUGUCUAGCGGAACCGGAAUUUGUGGAGUCUCAUCCGAUAGUAUACUGGAACCUAGUUUGGUUCUUGGAGCGUGCCAACAUUGAUAACCACCUACCUGAUCUGCUCUGCCCCAACUUUGCCGCAAAAUACCAGAGCUGUGACACACUUCACGAUGCCGACAAAUAUGGUUGCGUGGUGCGUUGCUACUGGGAGGGGUCGCGGGCGGGUGAGGCGUGCGGCGCGGGCGGGGCGGGCGAGGCGGGCGCGCCGCUGCACGCCGUGUGGCGAGCUCGACGCGCGCAGCCGCCGCGCUCGCAGCAGCUACGCGCGCUGCUGCUCACCGAGCACGACUCGCGCGCCGCGCACACAGUUAUAUUGGCGGUGUUAGACGGACUGCUAAGUAAUGACUUGUCGGACGCGUUGCGAAAGCUCGCUGCGUGGCGUGAGACUUCUAGUGGCAACAAACGAUAUCCGUCCUUCUACAGGGACAUCGUGUUCCUGGGUAUGUGCGCGCUGGGCCCGCAGAACAUCGACCUGGUGGCGCUGCAGCGCGAGUACACGCGCGCACUCGAGCAGCUGGGCGGCGACGCGCGUGCGCUCGACCUGCCGCCUUCGCCCACCGCGCUCUGCUGUCGGCACUACUUCAAGCGCCUUGCGCUACCCCGCUAG